AUGGCCUUCUCGCCUACUGGAUCCAUCAAAGGAAUGAAGCCAAAUGAUGUGAAAAACAAGACUGUUCAUGAAUCAUUUAGGAUGGCAGGGAAAGGGCUUCCUGUAUGCCUUCGAAAGUCUCUGAGCCCUGGACAGCAGACCAAGAUGAUGUGCCUCUGCUGGCCUUCCCUGCUUUACUGGUUCUUCACCUCCACACUGAACACGGUCAUUGGAUCAAAUAUAACUCUAAGACUUUCUGAAGGAUCUUCCUGCAGACCAGGAUUUUACUGCCUGGAAGGAGGUGAGGGUCCUAUUCCCUGCCCCAGAGGAACAUUUGGACCAAGUUCCUGGGCCACGACCAUAAACAGCUGUAUCAGCUGUCCACCACACCACUAUGGGCCUAGAGAAGGCUUGAGCAAUUGCCUGCCCUGUGGGCCUUGGUCACAUCAGCCUCAGCCAGGACAGGACAGCUGUACAUGUCUGCAAGAAGGUCAAGUCUUCCAGGCCAGUGAUGGGCAGUGUGCCUGUAUGUUGGGAUAUACACUGAAAGGAGAAGCUUGUGCGCUGAACGUCUACGAGAUCUGCAAAGACGGAAGAGCACGUAACCAGCAUGGAGACUGUCUAGACCACAAACAAUGGAAGCAGUAUUGCUCACAGCAGGUGUGUUCAUCUCCUGACCUGUACGAGGGUUAUGAUGUCUCUCUGGGUCUGUGUAUGUGCAGAGGUUUGCCCAGGUCUGAGCCGGACAGAGCUGAAUGUGCAGGCUGGUGCCGGAGCCUCCUUACUCCGGUUCUACAACUUGUUUGCACUGGAAGCCUUUACUUGCUCUACACUGAGGCUAAUCAACAGGUCAGUCCUGUUGACCACACAAAUCUUUAGUAAAGAGGCCCAAAACAUAAUAAACAUGGUCAGUUUU